UAAGAAAGGUUUAUUUAGCUCAUGGUUCUGCAGGCUGGGAAGUACAAGAAGCACGGUGCCAGCAUCACCUUGGCUUCUGGUGAGGGCUUUUGUGCUGCAUCAUAACAUGGCAGAAGGUCAAAGGGGAAGCAGACAUGUGCAAAGGGGCAAAACCCAAGAGCAUCUUGCUUUAUAACAACCCACUCUCAUGGGAACUAAUCCAUUUCCACGAGAAUAAUCCAGUCUCAUGAGAGCAAGAGCUCACUACUGCGAGAACAGCACCAAGUCAUUCAUAAUGGAUCCAUUCCCUUGACCCAAACAGCUCCCCUAGGCUCCAUUUCCCUAUAUUGCGGCACCGAAAAUAACAUUUCAACAUGAGUUUUGAUGGGGAUGAACAUAUGCAAAUACAGCAUUCUGCCUCUAGCCUCAAAAAAAUCAUGUGCUUCUCAUAUACAAAAUACAAUCAUUCCAUUCCAGUAGUCCCAAAAGUCUUAACUUGCUCCAGCAACAAAAGUCCAAAGUCUCAUCUAAGACUCAUAGCAAGUUCCUUCCAGCUGUAAGCCUGUAAAAUUAAAAAUAAGUUAUUUAUUUUCAAGAUGCAAUGGUGGGACAGACAUUUGGUAAACAUCCCCACUUGAAAAGGGAGAUAUAGGCCAAAAGAAAGGAAUGACAGACCCCAUGCCAGUCUGAAACCCAGCAGGGCAGACAUUAAAUCUUAAGGCUCCUGCAUAAUCUUUCACACCAUGUGCCAUCUCCUGGGCACACUGAUGUGAGGGGUGGGUUCCCAGAGCCUUGGGCAGCCCUGUCCCACUUGCUUCACUGGGUGUAGCACACAUGGCUGUUCUCACAGUUGAAGUCAAACGCCCAUAGCUUUUCCAGGCAGACAUUGCACAUUGUCAAUGGCUCUACAAUCUUGGGGUCCCAAAGGUAGCCCUAUUCCCUCGAUUCCUACUUCCCUGGUAGGGACUCUUUAUGGCUGCUUUGGUCAUACAUUUCUGCUCAGCAUUGCUUUAGUAGAGGCUCUCUACAGUGGCUCUGCCCCUUUGACAAGUCUCCCCGGGCUCCAGGCUUUCUGAUACAUCUUCUGAAAUCUAGGUGGGAGCUGCCAUGCCUCCACCAUUCUUGUAUUCUGCAUGCCUACAAAAUUAGCACCAUUUGGAUGUGGAUGAUGCCAAAGCUUACAGCUUGGGAUCUCUGGAGUGGCAGCACAAGUAACACCUGGAGCUGCUUAAGUCACCAGGAUGCAAGAGCAGCAGCAUGAAGUGGCCGUGGGCAGCAAUUUCACAGAAAACACCCAGGCUUGUCCCUCAAAACCAUUCUGCCCUCUUAGGCCUCUGGGCCUUUUUCCCAAUAUCCUGAUGCACAGUACUUGACUCCCUUAUAUGCAUACUAAUCUUUUUAGCAAGUAGUCUCUUGACUGUACCCUUGAAUUAUUCUCCUGAAAACACUCUUUCAUUUCACAUGGUUGGGCUGCACAUUUUUCAAGUGUUUACAUUCUGCUUCCCUUUUAAUUAUAAAUUUUGCAUUUAGAUUAUUACUUUGCGGUGCCAUAACUGAGCAUAAGCUAUUAAAAGUAACCACAUCACUUCUUGAGUGCUUUGCUGCUUAGAAAUUUCUUGCACCAGAUACACUAGUUCAUCACUCUUAAGUGCUACCUUCCAUAAAUCCCUAGGGAGUAGACAUACUGCAGCCAAUUUCUUUGCAACUGUGUGACAAGGAUGGGCUUUACUUCAAUUUUCAAUAAGGUAUUCUUCAUUUCCAUCUGAGACCUCAUCAGCACAGCUUUUACUAUCCAUAUUUCUAUCAGCAUUUUGGUCACAUUACUUAAACAAUCUCAAAGAAGUUCCAAACUUUCCCUCAUCUUUUUGUCUUUUUCUAAGCCCUCACCAGAACUGCCCUUAAUGCUCUGUUCACUGCAAUACAGUCUCUUUCUAGCCUGCUCCUCCUCCAAAUUCUUUCAACCAUUGCCCAUUACACAAUUCCAAAGCAGAUUUCACAUUUUCAGGUAUCCACAGAGCAAAUCCCACUCUUCGGUACCAAUUUUCUGUGUUGGUCCAUUUUGUGUUACUGCAAUUGAAUAAAUACCCAAGGCUGGGUAAUUUAUAAAGAAAAGAGGUUCAUUUAGUUGAUUGUUCUGCAGGCUGAGAAGUACAAGAAGCAUGGUGCCAGCAUCUGCUCAGCUUCUGGUGGGGUUGUUUGUGCUGCAUCAUAACAUGGUGGAAGGCCAAAGAGGAAGUGGACAUGUGCAAAGGGGCAAAACCCAAGGGCAACUUGCCUUAUAACAACCCACUCUUAUGGGAACUAAUCCAUUUCCACGAGAACUAGUCCAGUCUCAUGAGAGCAAUAACUCUCACUACUAUGGGAACGGCACCAAGCCAUUCAUGAGGGAUCCAGCCCCAUGACCCAAACAUCUCCCAACACCACCAUGCUGGUAAUCAAAUUGUGAGAUUUGGUGGCAACAAACCACAUCCAAACCACAGCAAUACCAUAAACCCAGAAAUAAAAACUGUUUGAUCAAAAGCAAGGCAUAUUUAAGAAGAAAAUACAUUACUAUUUAAAAUAUUAAUAAAGCUGGAACUACCAGAGAAAAAAGUUAAUCCCAUAACUGGAUAGCCUAAAGAAAAUGCCCUGGAAUGAAUGGGAGACAGAAAUAACAAGUAGAAAGUGGUUUUGCAGAAAGUCUUCCUUUAUUAAGGAAGAUGUCUGACCACAGCUGUGGCUGAAGUACUCAUAAACAAUGUUUACCAACAAGAAGUAGUUAUUAUCAUUAAACAAUCACUUCCAAGUAGUUUUAAAAGAGACUGCCAAAUAGAAUAUACAUGCAAUUUGAUCAUCUCAUAUUUUGGCAGGCAGAAACACAAAAGUGUUAGGAACCAAACAUCAUGCUUUUUGCUCCUAUACAUUUUGCCUAAAUGGAAUUCUUCCACAUGGUGAACAUGCCUCUGCUUAUUCAGCAAAAUCCACUGCGAGUCCUAAACCAUUUCCUGAAAGCUAAAUUCCCUUCGAUAAGGCACUAAAUCAUUUUAUUGUAAACACCAAAUGCUUUCUUACUGCUGGGAGUGGUAUUAUAGACUUACUUUUUGAUAUAUGUUCCAGCUUUUCAAGAUUUUGUUGUAAACAAAAAAGAUACUUUAUGAUAUUCCACCCUGUUUAUUGCUUUCCAGAGUUUCUAUCAUUAAUUAAAGGGUCUCCUUUCCCUCCUCUACCACCCAAAAAGCUGAUCUACUCCCCAUAUGCCUAUAUGAGACCAAAUAAAGGUCGGUCUAUCACAGCAGCAGUGAUGGUCAUGCCAAUUUCACAGUGUGAUCUGUGCAUUCAUUUCAUUUUGAAAAUGACCCUGCCCUCCAUCUGUCUAAGCCGAAUGUCCUGCUUUUUUCAAGCCAGGCCUAAGGAGCAGCAUCACGUGAAAUAAGGAGGAAGAGACACAGAAUGGCCUCCCUCCUGCCCACUCCAGCUGCCACGCUCACAGGUACCAACACAAAGAGGAGAACCCCAACUGAUUCCUGUAGGGAUCCCAGAAAUUUGGAGAAGAAAAUAGUCCUUUUCCUUUUCAUACAUUUUCAAGAAGCCAUUUGAAGGUGAAUUCUUUCAUGAUGCAAAUACAACUCUGCAAAAUAGAGAUAAAGCUGAAAGACAGGAAAGACAAUUUCUCAUUUCCAUGUUCUGUCUUCUUACCUUAAUUUAUUAUUACCCAAGGUAACAGCUCAAUAUAUAAGAAUUUUAUUUUAUUUUUUUUAGAGUCAGAGUCUCAUUCUGUUAUACAGGCUGGAGUGCAGUGGUAGGAUCACAGCUCACCACAACCUCAAACUUUUGGGCUCAAGCAAUUCUCCUGCUUCAGCACCCCGAGUAGCAGGGACUAUAGGCACGUACCACCACGCUUGGCCUUUUUUUUUUUUUCGGUAGAGAUGGGGUCUUCCUAUGUUACUCAGGCUGGUCUUGAACCCCUGGCCUCAAGCAAUCCUUCCACCUUGGCCUCCCAAAGCUCUGGGAUUACAGGCAUGAGCCAGAAUGUUUAAAUAUUAAGCCUUUUGGAUAUUGUUUCCAAGGGACAAGUGUCAAUCAGGCAGGCAGUAAGCAGAACACCCCCUACUCCUUGAAUAUUGAGCAGCACUAGCCAGCAUCUUUCAAUCUACAAACACUUCUGGGUUGAAAACUGGAUAAGGCUGUAGCUGAGAUUGGGUAGAAAGAAGCCUUGAAAUAGGGUUACAGAAGCCUUCCUCAACUGCUUUCCCUGGUGUUCUUGCAUGGUCCAGAGCUACACUCAACCUCUCUAAAAUGAGUGCACUUUGUCCCUUUCUUGGUAUUGAUGCAGUAGGAGGUUUCUUGUCUGUUCUCAUCUAGAAGUACAGAACUGUGGAAAACUUCUCAGCAAGAGAGAAGAAUACAUGAGUACGUGAAGUCAGCUGCUUUAUGGUAUAGCAUUCAGAUGCCUACUGAAGUUCCUUUUUAGGUAUAACAGGUGACCACUCCCAACUAAUCACUUUCUAAUACUUGCUCACAGUUACGACUUAGGCCAAGAAGUUCAAAUUUCCACUGGCCAACCCAAGGUGGCUGGUUGCUUUAACAGGAAAAUAACAAUAUAAAAAAAGCAAGACACUAAUAUUCCCCUAUAACUGGGCCCAUACAUGAUAGAUAGAGUUAAUUCAUCAGUGACUAUUACCUACUGAACUUAGCUUUGGAAUUUCAUGAUUCAGCUGCUUCUUAUCUAGCUGUGUCAUCUCAGGCAAGUUACCUAAUCUUUCUGAUUCACAUGUUCUUCAUCAGUAAUAUGCAGAAUACAGGGUGGUUAUUAUGAUUAGAAAUAAUAUAUAUAGGUGGUCUAAUAGAAUGUGAUGCAAUAUGGUUGGUGUUGGCUCCAAAAUUUAUAUGUAGAAAAGAUUUAUGAACAGCAAUACUGUUGAAGAGGCAGUAAGGUACCUGCAUUGAAGUAUUUAAUUAUAUAGCAAAGACAUGCUCUGACUUGGACUGUUUAUCAUGGGUGGUAGUGAGGCCAAUGGACAUCAUGGAAGACUACAAAAGACAAUGCUCUGUCCCAGGCCACCAUAUGAUAGAUGUUAAUGAAUUACACUAUUACUGUUACCUUGAAAACUACACUAUUUACAAGUACCUCACUGGGAUAAGACAAAUUCAUAUUUUGCUAUCUUGUCUACGUCCCUAAUUCUUGAUUGAAAAAUUGUAUUUAUUCUCCCUUAAAGUCUAUGGUCUCCAGGUCAGUUUAUCUAGGGGUAUUUUUUAAAUUGGUGAUUAAAUAUAAUUUUAUGGAAUAAUUAAGCCCCUAGUUUUUCACAGCCCCAUCAUGGCCACUAAUAAACUGAAAAAAAAUUAUACAAAAAUAGCCCCAGGAUAAUAACAUGGAAUCUACAGCAUCUAUUCCAAAUAUACAACAAAGAAUGAAAGAAAACCCAGAAUGAUAUCUUGUACAGUCUAGCAAACCUGCAUAGAAAUCUUCAAACUAAGAAUCUGGAAAAAAAAUUAAAGUGUAGGCAAUCUUUUCUUAUUUUAACAGAAGAAAAUCCAUAUUUAUCAGUUCAAUAUCCAAAAUCCCUAGAAGGCUGAAAAGUACAAAGUGAGCAUGUCUGUCUCUCACACACCCACACAUCACUGACUGACUAAUUUAGUAGUUAAGAGAGAAAAGUAAAAAUGCAUAGGGAAAGGAGCACAUUUUAAUGUCUUGGAUUUUCCCCUCUUGGAAAAGACUGAAGUCAUGCAUUUCUCCAACGUUUCUACCUAGUAGUGAAAGUUGGAACUCCAGCGCAAUGGGGAUGGCCAAGGGUAAACGCCAAUAUAUACUCAGUAAUAUUUGUUGUUACGGGAAAAAAGAGCGGGAGAUACUUGGACCUAAAACCGAAACUCUACCAGUACCAAUCAAGAUUCACAGUCCUUUUUCCUCAUUAACCUCUGGAAACCACCAAAUUAAGGAUUCCUGCUCGCCGCUCUAUUCCGUUCUUACAAACUGUGCCCUCGGGGUAGUGCAAAAAAGAACGUGCUCUAAUUCCAGGGUAAUUCCAAGAGAUAACUCGCCUUUUGCCAUCCCGGUUCUUUUACUAAAACUAAACCAAAAGCCAGCAUUAUUAUCGACCACACCGUGUACAAGGCUCAAAAUCGCCAGGAACAUGGGGCCGGAAACCUUCCUCCGCCGCGCCAGAGACCACGGUGCCAUAGCAGACACAGUGAGCGCCCCUCAUCUUUAGGAGGCAGGGAAGGAGAGUUACCCUGCAUCCCCACGGGCCGCCGGUUCGGUAGGUACAGCCGGGACUACGUCUCCCAGCAUGCAGCGCGGCUACGACCCGCGCCGCGGAACCGCUGGAACGGUGCAUGCCGGGACGAGUAGAUUCAGGCUCUGAACGGCCCGGAGGAGUAGUCUUUCCCCUCCUGAAUGCCGCCACUCCGCAGUCCAGAGUAUUUGAAGAUCAAGCUGAAAUUGAGAGACUGACGAGAAUGGUCCCUUUUUAUUCCUAACAGAUUUCUUGCGACAAGGAAACCGGCAGUCUUCCGCUUCCGGUUGCUCUGUUGCCGUAGUAACCGCACGCAUAACAGCCGUGGUGGUUAUGGCUGGCCUGAGCGGCGCGCAGAUCCCCGACGGGGAGUUCACCGCGGUCGUGUACCGCCUCAUCCGCAAUGCACGCUACGCCGAGGCGGUGCAGCUGCUGGGCCGAGAGCUGCAGCGGAGCCCUAGGAGCCGCGCCGGCCUGUCGCUGCUAGGCUACUGCUACUACCGCCUGCAGGAGUUCGCGCUGGCGGCCGAGUGCUAUGAGCAGCUGGGCCAGCUGCACCCGGAACUGGAGCAGUACCGCCUGUACCAGGCCCAGGCCCUGUACAAGGCCUGCCUUUAUCCGGAGGCCACUCGGGUCGCCUUCCUUCUCCUGGAUAACCCCGCCUACCACAGCCGGGUCCUCCGCCUGCAAGCUGCUAUCAAGUACAGCGAGGGCGAUCUGCCAGGGUCCAGGAGCCUGGUAGAGCAGCUGCCGAGUAGGGAAGGGGGAGAGGAAAGUGGGGGCGAGAAUGAGACCGAUGGCCAGAUCAACCUGGGUUGUUUGCUCUACAAGGAGGGACAGUAUGAAGCUGCAUGCUCCAAGUUUUUUGCCGCCCUGCAGGCCUCGGGCUACCAGCCUGACCUUUCCUACAACCUGGCUUUGGCCUAUUACAGCAGCCGACAGUAUGCUUCAGCACUGAAGCAUAUCGCUGAGAUUAUUGAGCGUGGCAUCCGCCAGCACCCUGAGCUAGGUGUGGGCAUGACCACUGAGGGCAUUGAUGUUCGCAGUGUUGGCAACACCUUAGUCCUCCAUCAGACUGCUCUGGUGGAAGCCUUCAACCUUAAGGCAGCUAUAGAAUACCAACUGAGAAACUAUGAGGCAGCUCAAGAAGCCCUCACUGACAUGCCACCCAGGGCAGAGGAAGAGUUGGACCCUGUGACCCUACACAACCAGGCACUAAUGAACAUGGAUGCCAGGCCUACAGAAGGGUUUGAAAAGCUACAGUUUUUGCUCCAACAGAAUCCCUUUCCUCCAGAGACUUUUGGCAACCUGUUGCUGCUCUACUGUAAAUAUGAGUAUUUUGACCUGGCAGCAGAUGUCCUGGCAGAAAAUGCCCAUUUGAUUUAUAAGUUCCUCACACCCUAUCUCUAUGACUUCUUGGACGCUGUGAUCACUUGCCAGACAGCUCCUGAAGAGGCUUUCAUUAAGCUUGAUGGGCUAGCAGGGAUGCUGACUGAGGUCCUCCGGAAACUCACCAUACAAGUACAGGAAGCAAGACACAAUAGAGAUGAUGAAGCUAUCAAAAAGGCAGUGAAUGAAUAUGAUGAAACCAUGGAGAAAUAUAUUCCUGUGUUGAUGGCUCAGGCAAAAAUCUACUGGAAUCUUGAAAAUUAUCCAAUGGUGGAAAAGAUCUUCCGCAAAUCUGUGGAAUUCUGUAACGACCAUGAUGUGUGGAAGUUGAAUGUGGCUCAUGUUCUGUUCAUGCAGGAAAACAAAUACAAAGAAGCCAUUGGUUUCUAUGAACCCAUAGUCAAGAAGCAUUAUGAUAACAUCCUGAAUGUCAGUGCUAUUGUACUGGCUAAUCUCUGUGUUUCCUAUAUUAUGACAAGUCAAAAUGAAGAAGCAGAGGAGUUGAUGAGGAAGAUUGAAAAGGAGGAAGAGCAGCUCUCUUACGAUGACCCAGAUAAGAAAAUGUACCAUCUCUGCAUUGUGAAUUUGGUGAUAGGAACUCUUUAUUGUGCCAAAGGAAAUUAUGACUUUGGUAUUUCUCGAGUUAUCAAAAGCUUGGAACCUUACAACAAAAAGCUGGGAACAGACACCUGGUAUUAUGCCAAAAGAUGCUUCCUGUCCUUGUUAGAAAACAUGUCAAAACACACAAUCAUGCUUCAUGAUAGUGUUAUUCAAGAAUGUGUCCAGUUUCUAGAACACUGUGAACUUCAUGGCAGAAACAUACCUGCUGUUAUUGAACAACCCCUGGAAGAAGAAAGAAUGCAUGUUGGAAAGAAUACAGUCACAUAUGAGUCUAGGCAGUUAAAAGCUUUGAUUUAUGAGAUUAUAGGAUGGAAUGUAUAGUAAUAGCUGAUAGUGGCAUUUAUCAAAUGGCUUUGUUAUGUAAAUUUGCAUUGCUUUAUUUACCCUUUGGCAUCUUUAUAUUUGUUACAUGUUGAACUUUGUACACUUAUGCAUUAUAAAAAAAAAAAGUAGCUAAAACUUUUGCUGUUAAAUUUCCCAGAAAGUGACAUAUUCUAAGAACUUUUACCCCAGGAGUUAUGAAAAAUUCCAAACUUAUGAGGAAUGUUUAUAUCAGAAGUUGUAAUACGUUUGUUUCCUUUCCUCUGUUAUCUUUUGUGCUUUGACGUAUCUUGAGGGGUCUUUGCACAAGGAUUAUAUCAUUCAGGGACCAAGCACUAUCUCAGUAAUAGUUAAGAGUAGUCUUUAAAUAAUCAUUUCAGGGAUUGUGUGAGAGUAGUCUCACAAUUUACACUCAUUAAUUUGUAAUGCAUACUUUUUAUAUAGACUUUAGGAUAUUUUGGCAGUGUUUAUUAAUAUGGAUAUAAUUCUUUACCUAACCAAAAUUCCUUAGGUUAUAAGUGGUUUUAACGUGCAAAAGUCAGUAAAAAAUUUUGUUGCCUUAACAAAAUUACGGUGCUAUAAUGUAGAGACAAUGAACGAUUAUCAAAGAACAAAUUUCCCUGGUUUUCUUUUGUUCCCUUUAAUAAUUUAAAUAUAUGAACAAGAUACACUGUUACUAUUUUCCAUGAUAACUUUUUAAAUAUCUAUGUCUGUGAGAAAUAACAGAGCUAUCCUGAGAAUUCAGGGGUUUGUUUAAGAGACACAGGUUUUGUUAUGUUUGUUGCCCAGGCUAGUAUCCAGCUCCUAGGCUUAAGCAUACUCACACUUCAGCUUCCCAAGCAGCUGGGACUACUGGCGCAAAUCACUGGGUCCAGUUCUCAGUUCUUAAUUCCUACCUUUGUGUUUGCAAUUUAGGAUAUGCUGGCUGUACAGUGUUUCCAUGUUGUAGCCUCUUGAAUAAGGAAAAAUCUCAGCCACCAGGUCUGACCAAAAAGGUCAGUUCUAAGUUGUAAUGUUCAUUUCAUGUCCGCAACUCCCAAGAGUUAUUUGGAGUUCCCACUGGGAACCACAUGCAUUCUGAUCAGGCAUUUUAUUUUCUGAACCUUACAAGAGCCUUACUAUUUGAUUUCCCACUCCUCACUCCUCUCUUCCCACAAAAAGUAACUGUCAAUCCUAACUUGACCUGGCUUAGAAAAAUCAAGUGUAUUAGACUGAAUCAUAUGCAGUUGUUGAUUUUGACAGUUUUUGAUGUACAAAACUAGCAGUUUCUCAUAGCUCAACCUAGUAGCUUUCUUCUGAAUGAUAGGGAACCUCUACCAUGAGAUGAUUUUUUCCUUCAAGGAAAAGGAACCACUUAGCCACAUAAGUACUGAUAAGAAACAUGCUCAGCAUAAUUCCUCUGUAGCAUGACCUCCUGAGUGCUCAAAUUGUAUUAUACCACAAAAUUUGGCUUAUUGUGAAGUUCAAUGGUUUUGAAUUUAUGGCAUUUUAAAUCUUAAUUAUCUGAGCUGCUAUCAUUUACCACUGAUGCUUUAGUCUCACAUGUGGAGGACAAGCAAUGUUUAGUGACCUCUUCACUGCAUCCCAUAGCACAUUCAAUGUCUGGGAAAUGUUCUUUGUUUGACAACUUCUGUACUAAAAGUGUUGCUGCAGUAGCUUUGUGCCCCUGUCAAUCUUGGUAGCCCCUUAAGAUUUGGAAAGUAAAUGAACUGAAAUCUUGUUUUCAAUGGCCAUAUUAAAAUUAUUUUUUUUUCCUGUUUCUUCUAAA